AUGCCAGCCGAAGCUCAGCCCGCCGCCCAGCCAGCUCAGCUGCCUCCGGCUCCCGCCGACGUCAACUCGAAGGCCGACGACAAGAAGGUCCGCCAGCGCACGGACUGGACGGUCAACGGGCUCGACGUCGUGAUGGACGGUUUCCUCAAGGACUGGAACAACCUCGCGGACACGAAGAAGGCCCGGAGGCAAUUCCGUGCUCGCGUCCUCAAAGACAUCCUGCCGAAGUGGACACAGGAGACCGACCCAGAAGAAGCUAUCUACAACUACUUCAAGAACCACGGCGGGAAAGCAUCGCACACCCGUGCGACCACCCCCGACGACGUCCAUAUCAACUCGAAGGACCUCUUCGCGAAGUCCCGCGCCAAGGGGCCCUCAGAGCUGUGGGCGGAGGUGCCGGAGAACAAAGCGCGCAUCAUGCAGAACUGCGAAGGGAAAAAUGAAGUCGGCGCUGGAGGUCGGCAGGCGGCGACGCGCCGCGCUCUCUUCGAGCAGCUGCCGGCAGAGGAGAAGGCGAUUUGGGAGGAGAAGGCGCGUGCUCCGCUUUCCUGCGAAGCACAGGAGGCAGCCAUGGCUCGCAACCGGGAAGCCUUGACGGACAGGUUGUCCGCCCUUUUCCAGGGCACCAUCGGGGACGGGGCCAACCGCGUCGGCGACGCCGUGUUCUAUUGCCUCCUAGGCUUCAACGAUCACCGUAAGCCUGUUCAAGUCAAGCAUAUCUUCGCAGGUAACAAGCUCGCAGGACAGACCUUCCCGGCCUGGGGGGGCGCCGAACUGGCGACCCAGCUUGAACGAUGGAGGCAAUACGUAUGCGAAGUGCUUCCUACACAACCCCCCCAACAACCCGCCGAAGAGCUCGAUGAAAUCGACGACGGCUUACUCUACGAGGAUGGCAGGCCCAUGCUACCGUCCUGGGGUGCCGACAUGACGGGGCGUAAGGCGGCGGAGAUCCUCUGGGCCUUCUUCCGUGGGUCAUGGGCUCGUGCUCAUCGCGGCGUCCCCGAGGUGCCCGUCCUCGCGCCCGAAGCUAUCACCUUGCGUCUGCUGGCUCUCGAAUGGCCGGCCCCCAUCUUCAGCGACCCGGAUGCGUUGACAGUCGUACGACUCAGCGCGUUGUGGGAGAAGAUCCGCGAGAAUCAGGAGAAGGACACUCACUUUGCCUUUGAAGAUGCGGCCCCACAAGUCGAAGCCGCCGCCCCACAAGUCGAAGCCGCCGCACCUCAAGUCGAAGACGCGGUACCUCAAGUCGAAGACGCGGUCCCUCAAGUCGAAGACGCGGCGUCAGAAGUCGCCGAGGCGCCCCCACAAGUUGCAGACGAGCGCGCUCACGACAACGCCGUUACCGAGCCUGCGGGCGACCUCGCCAUGGUCGACAACUCGGUCGUUGUCGAGGGGGACGUCGACAACGACGGCCGCACCCGCAACAACGCCAUGUCGGACGAUGGGUCGGCGCCGGACGAUGAAACGGCCAAAACCGGCAAUACUACGGAUGCGACUGGGAUGGACGAGGACGAGGAGAUUGAGGAUGAGGAUUGGGAGAUGGUGGGGGCUCACGACGAGAUUAACGCCAACGAGGCCGAGCCUCCAAAGACUCGGAGGCGCGGGAGAGGUCGCCGCGAUGGAGAGGUCGCCGGGAUGGACAUCGACGGCUCGGCCAUCGAAGAUGACGGCGCGAACAGCGCGAAGGACAGCGAUACCGAGGAGCCCGCUACCAAGAAGCCGAGGGUUGCCAGUGGUCGCCGCGGUGCGCAAACAUCGGCGAAGGGUGGCAAUAACAACAGGCCUCGAAGGCCUCGGGUGGUAGUACAUCGGCGCCGGCGCGAGUGCUUCGCUCGACGGCUCAAAGCUCCAAGCCUAAUACUCGCGCAGCCACUCGUAAGGCCUAAUACUGGCUUAUACUGGCUUAGCAUGUUCUCGGAGUAG